AUGGCCAGGAUCUUGAACGCAAAGCACUUCCGGAGGUUAAGCAACUUUUUGGAUGAUGAUAGGGUGGCAUGUUCAGUGGUGCACGGGGGAUCAGUAAACGAAAAGACCUUGACAAUUGAACCCACCAUACUGUUAAACCCUCCACUCGAUUCUGACAUCAUGACUGAGGAGAUAUUCGGCCCACUGCUCCCUAUCAUCACGGUAAAGAUCGAAGAUACUAUUAAGUUUGUCACAUCAAUGCCAAAACCAUUGGCAAUCUAUGCUUUCACCAAAAACGAGAAGCUAAAACACCGGAUUAUAGAUGAAACAUCAUCUGGAAGUAUCACAUUCAACGACGCAAUUGUGCAGUACGCAGUAGAAGGCCUCCCGUUCGGUGGCGUUGGGCAAAGCGGGUUUGGACAGUACCAUGGCAAAUACAGCUUUGAGCUUUUCAGUAACAAAAAGGCAGUGUUCAAGAGAAGCUUCCUAAUCGAGUUCAUGUUCAGAUACCCGCCAUGGGACGACAGUAAAAUCAGGAUGUUGAGACAUGUUUUCAACACGAACUACAUACUUCUACUCCUUGGACUGCUCGGCCUGAGGAGAUGA